AUGCCUCGAUAUCAUACAGUUGAGAUAAAUAAAACAGAAUGGAUUGUACCCGAAAGAUAUCAAAUGCUUACACCUGUAGGUUCUGGCGCUUACGGCCAAGUUUGCUCAGCCAUAGACACUGUACAUAAUAUGAAAGUCGCUAUAAAGAAAUUAGCACGACCAUUCCAGUCUGCCGUACAUGCUAAGAGAACAUAUAGAGAACUGAGAAUGUUAAAACACAUGAAUCAUGAAAAUGUUAUCGGCCUUCUAGAUGUGUUCACUCCUGAAAAAAAUCUUGAGGAAUUCCAGCAAGUGUACUUAGUUACUCAUUUGAUGGGAGCGGACUUGAAUAAUAUUGUUCGCACCCAAAAGUUAUCCGAUGAUCAUGUACAGUUCUUGAUCUAUCAGAUAUUAAGAGGCCUAAAGUAUAUACACUCCGCUGGUAUUAUACAUAGGGAUUUAAAGCCAUCCAAUAUUGCUGUGAAUGAAGACUGUGAAUUGAAAAUAUUAGAUUUUGGUUUAGCACGGCCUACUGAGACUGAAAUGACUGGUUAUGUCGCCACAAGGUGGUAUAGGGCACCGGAGAUCAUGUUAAACUGGAUGCACUACAAUCAGACUGUAGAUAUUUGGUCUGUUGGAUGCAUUAUGGCUGAACUUCUUACUGGCAGGACAUUAUUUCCUGGUACAGACCAUAUUCAUCAGUUAAACUUGAUAAUGGAGGUUCUUGGUACACCAGCUAAUGAGUUCAUGCAGAAAAUAUCAUCGGAGUCAGUAAGUAUAGCUAAUAUAGAAAAGGUGGAUGGCGCAUAUACCACUGUGUAUGACAUACUAGAAUUGAGAUUCAUUAAUAUUGACCAUCUCACAAGAAUAUUGUUUUUGUGCGGGAAACCAGAACAGGAUACCAUAGACAAAAUUAUAAGUGAAGAGGCUCGUAACUACAUACAGUCUUUACCGACAUUGAAGAGGCGUGAUUUCCGCGAGGUGUUCCGCGGCGCCAACCCUCUGGCUGUCAAUCUUCUAGAACUUAUGUUGGAGUUGGACGCUGACAAGCGUGUGACAGCUGAGCAGGCGUUGGCCCACGAAUAUCUAUCGCAGUACGCGGACCCCACAGACGAGCCUGUCUCCGCGCCUUACGACCAGAGCUUCGAGGACAUGGACCUGCCCGUCGACAAGUGGAAAGAACUAGUAUGGAAGGAGGUCGUGGAAUUCAAACCUCAUCCGCAGCACAUGAACACAGUCAUCGAGGUCAAUCCUUCAUAA